AUGCCACCCUCACCUCGUCCUCUAACCCCUCGGCAACCAGAUGACCUCGACAUGACGGCCGUCUCAGCCGAGCCUUCCCCUCGUAAUCCCCCAACCUCGCCAGUUCGGUUCGCAACGAGCAAGAACGCCUUUGGGCUGCACGCUUCCCCAUCGUCCUCGUCCACUUCUAGCACGAGGGAGGACCGGAAUCUGCUCGUGGUGGAGCAGUCUCCACCUAUGGGCUCCACUCACAAGCCACGGCUGCGGCGGCCGAGUAUGCUCAGCCUGGCGCAAAACGCUAGCUUUGGGAGCGAGAGCGAAGGGGGUGGCGAUGAGAUGUCAAACACGGAGGGAACUGGACCUGGCCCACCAGUAUCAGCGCCUGCGGGUCCUGCUGCUCUUUCGUCCUCGGCGGAAAAUCGUGGUGGAUCACAAGCACACAUCAACCCCUUUGCGCCCACGUCGCUCCGGUACCCACCUCAAUGGGGAUCGUCAGCAUUCACCCUUCGCAGCCAGCAGGAGUCCAGGACGAAUCAUCCCACGUUCGAGGGUCUCAGCACGACCACUCCUCCCACGGUAACGCCAGCUAUGAUGCCGGAUCAAUCGGGACCGGAAGCGGACAUGGAGGACCCCCAGCCAAAACCGCCGCUGCGGUGGGUACCGAGCCAUCUCCAGACCGCCUCGGCCCGUCGGAAAGGCAAAUCUCGGAUGGAGGAUCAGCUCAUCAUUGAUCCGUCUCCCCAGCCAGAGCUCCACCGACCACCCUUUACCGGUCGUCCCCUCCCCGCAUCCCUCCUCGCUACCCUCAUGUCCGAGUCAGCUCCGGGGGAUCAUGAGAUCCAGUCUGAAGCCCGGCUUCAGCGUCUCAUCUCAUCCCAUCCCCGCGCACUCCCCUUUACCCCUCGUGCAUCCCGGAGUCAACGCGGGCGAUUUCCCGAGACCGUCGGUGACGAUGAGGAUGACGACGACUUUCCGAAUCGUCGUGCCAUUUGGGCGGCUCGGGCUUGGACAAGGCGCGACAGCUCGUCCGACUCGGAUUCGGAUGACAUGCCGGUGGACGAAGGUCCACCCGAGCCGGUCAAUUCGGCCUUUGCCGCGGGGAUGGAUAUGGACAGGUUGAUCUCUGGCUCGGACUCGUGGCCGCACCUGAGCGACUCGGGUCGGGUCACCCCAAGUCUAGGAGGCGGAAGCGGGAGCGGGACUGGCUCGGCGGGAUAUCCGACCCCGCCGAGUAAUGGUCAGCCGUGGGAUAAGUCCAGGUCCGCGAGGAUGAGCUUUUCGGCGGGGCUGGUGCCCAGUCCCGGAACUGGGUUCGGGUUGCCGAAUGCUUUCGGUGGAUUGGGGAUGGGGACGGGGACGCCUAUGGGUAGUCCCACAGUGGAGAAGCUGGAGCUUGCUGCUUCUCCGGGCGCGCAUUCGGCCAUGUCAACCGCGAGUCCAAGUCUCAUGCAGUAUCGCGAGUCGAGCGGCGGCUCUGCAUCUGUCCGACCUGGAAAGAGAAAAGCUCAAGUGGACGACCGGUUUGACCCAUACAAACGCCAUCGCGGCUCAUCCCCCUCCCUCCCUCCGGCCACCGGCUACCCCAUGUCCCCAUCCCGCCCUACCGCAGCCAUUCCCAUCCCCCCUUCACCGGGAUACAACCUCUACUCGACCAUGCUCUCCACCUCCACGUCCACUCCGGGCCAAGGCGGUCGAGAGCAAAUCAACCUACGCACAAAGGCGAACCACCCAUAUACUCGGCCGAUGGCAAGUCGCUCGCGAGCGGCAUCACCAGCCCUGUCGAUUGGAUCCACUUCGGGCAGUCUGGGUACGGGCGGAGGGGGACUAGGGAGCGGGAGAGGGUCUUUCGCCCUCGGUGGAGCCUUCAACCAGGUGAAUAAUGGUGGGCCGGGAGUGCCGGCGCCAGCACUGGGCGGACUGGGACUGCUGAGCCUGGCUCAUCGGGGAGAAGAGGUGCGGAUGAUCAAGGAGGAUAGGGAGGGUGAGGAGGGAGAGGAUAUGGGGAGGACGGAUUCCGGCAUGGGGAGCGAGAGAAUGGAAGAGGAUUAG